ACUGCACACAGAAUUCAACUUUGACAAACCUAACCACAAACCCUCACCUCCACUAUAUCCACCAAUCUCUCUCCCUUUAUACUAUAAAAAAUCAAGCACCUAAUAAACCAUAGAAGCUUAGUUAGAUGUGAUACUCUCUCUCUACAUGGGGUGGUGCUCAAAAUUAGGGUACACAAACAGUAGAAAAUGUCAGGCUUCUUCACACUAGGAGGAAAAGAUCAAGAACAAGAUCAAGCAAGCCAAGAGAACAGCCUGUUUUUGUUCAAAAACGAAGAGAUCUACAACAAGGGUUUCGAGCUAUGGCAACAAUACUACCAACUUCACCAACAACAAAAGACUCAGCUCCAAGAUGUGGAUCUCUCUCUAGUUGGUGGCUCAGCUUCUAAUUACUCAUCAACCAGAAGAACCAAUGAUAAUGAUCACACGUUUCUCUACAGAUCAUCUUCUUCUUCAGGAUUUGGGCUUCACAUGAGACAAUCCGGAGUUCUCGGAAACAAUAAUAAUAAUAGUAAUAAUAUGAUCGGUGGUGGGGGCAGUAGUGUUAAUUGUCAAGAUUGCGGAAACCAAGCGAAGAAGGAUUGUGUGCACAUGAGGUGCAGGACUUGUUGUAAGAGCCGAGGGUUUCAUUGCCAGACGCAUGUCAAGAGCACUUGGGUUCCGGCAGCUAAGAGACGCGAGAAGCAGCAGCAAUUGCAGUUAUCUUCGUCUUUGCAACAGCCGCAACAGGAUCAUGAGCCGCAAGAGCAGAAUCAGUUCAGUUUGAUGAGAGGAGCUCAUCAAUCGAAGCGGACAAGAGAAAAUCCACUCCCUUGCACUCGUUUGCAAAACCACAAUUCAGAAGUGGGACAAUUUCCAGCAGAAAUAACGUCAUCAGCCGUGUUUCGAUGCGUAAACGUGAGAGCAAUGGACGAUGCGCAGGAGCAAUAUGCGUAUCAAGCAGCGGUAAACAUCGGAGGGCAUGUCUUCAAGGGACUUCUCUACGAUCAAGGCCCCGAAAGCCGUUACGUCGGGGCUGGUGAAAACUCUACCACCAGUGGCGCAGCACAACAAUCCCUUAAUCUCGUCACCACGGCCGCUACUACCACUAAUCCACCAGGAGUGACGUGGCUUGACUCGUCGACUACUUAUCCAACUCCUCUCAAUGCUUUCAUGGCGGGUACUCAGUUCUUCCCACCCCCCAGGCCUUAAAAAUGCACAAAUCGAUAGCACCUAAUUAUUCAUUACAUUCCGUAUUUCCGUCGUUGAUUUAUAUAUUUCUUAAUCUAACAAAUCUUUGAUUAAACAUUCUUGUUAUAAUUGCUAAUCAAUGAUGUUGUUUUGUUAGUAGUAAACUAUUCCAUUAAAUAACCAGAUAAUUACAAUUUUUGGUGUAGAUUAAUUUCUUGA